ACAAAGUGUAAUUUUUGUUUUUCAAAAAUUACUACCCAUCACUUCCGCCGCUGGUGGUAAUUAAAAUUUAACGCAAGACCUUUUGUCGCCUUCGGUUUUUCGAGUAACCAGAUUUGUGGCCUAUCGUGAUAUGUACUAAAUUUUGAGCUUCCGAAGUUGAUUAGAAGACCUUUUCAGCAAUUUUAGGGUCUUCCACCAAAAAAGUACCUACUUAUUAUUUUCGUAUUCUUCACAUUCGUUGAAAAAUUUUCAAAAUGGUUUCGGUAAAUCAAAAUCACAUAAAAGCUUAUUUUUAAUAUCAAGUACGAAUUAAUUUUUUUUUAAUCAAAAAUUUCAAUGUUCAAACCAUAAAAGGCGGAAAACUUCUAUAAGAAGGGUCGGCACCAGUAAUUCAGAUUUUAUGAAAUCUGAUCUAUCUCAUUCCACCAAACACAAAGCACGAUAAAAAAAACAAACGGUUUGAUUCUGAGAGAAAUUUAUGCAUUUAUGUGCGGCUGCUAAAUUCAGCUCGUCACUCGUAAAAAUUUCAACAUUUUUUCCAUCCUUCUAAAAUAAAAAAAUGACUGAAAAAGUGACCGUCACAGUAAAUGAAGGCAGAGUACGCGGAUUCAAGACGAAAACCGUCUUCUCUGGAGCAGAAUAUUACUCUUUUCUUGGAAUACCCUACGGACAAACAACCGAAGGAUCAGCUCGAUUUAAAGACCCCGUAAGAGUGAAACCUUGGAAUCAUAUUUUCGAUGCAACGGUUGAACGAACGGGUUGCUCGCAAUUCUCACUGCAUUUCAAAAAAUUAAUAGGAUCAGAAGACUGCCUGUAUAAUAAUAUCUACACUCCUAAGCUGCCUCUGAAAGGAGAUCCUUUGAAAGCAGUCAUAGUAAAUAUUCACCCUGGAGGGUACUUUCAUGGAUCACCAGAUCCAACGUAUUAUGGAGCACCAGAUUUCCUCAUGCACCACGAUAUUGUUUACGUUACCAUUGGAUACAGAUUACACGUGUUGGGACACCUAAAUAUGCACAUGGAAUCUUGCUCGGGGAAUCAAUGUUUGAAAGAUAUUAUACUCGGUCUGCAAUGGAUAAAAGAAAACAUCAAUGUUUUUGGAGGAGAUCCAGAGAAUAUCACAAUAAUGGGAAGCAGUAGCGGAGCAGCUAGCGUACAUUUAUUACUAUUAUCACCGAUGGCCAAAGGUUUAUAUCAUAAAGCUAUUAUGAUGGGGAUGUACAUUUUCAGCCCAGUUCUAGUUAUUCCUCGUGAUCAUGACACAGCUGCCUACGAUAUUGCUCGAUGUAUGGGCUAUGAAGGAGAGAUAGAAGAACGUAAAAAACUUCUCAAAUUUUACAAGAAUGUGAACCUUUCUACGUUCAUAUUGGCCAGAACGGAACAGUACUUCAACAAAACGGAACUCACAGUCUUUCCUACCUCACCAUUUCUACCUACAGAUGAACCUAGCAAAAAUACACCAAUACCGUUACGGAUGAGGGAGCUUAUCGCUGGAACGAAUCGUGUACCAAUCCUGAUCGGAUUCUGUGAGAGAGAAGGUGCUAUGGCUCUGGCAAUCCUUCGAGCUUUCAAACUUUCUCCAAGAGAUGCCAAACGUUCUACAUCCGAAUGCUUCCUUACAUUAAUUCGUCAAAAUAUUUAUGGAUGGGGAGCAAAUUUGAGCAUUGACGAAUUGAAACAAAUACAGAAAGAAGUGGAAAGUUUUUAUCUGGAAGGUGAAUCGAUAGAAACCGCACCACAAGACACUCUGUGUGAUAUUUUAAGCGAUGCUGCCUUAUCCGAUGUUUACGAUUCUCUUAUUAACGUAGUUUCAGCCGACCUUCCAUCUUCAGUAUAUGUUUAUAAUUUUCACUACGAUGGCAAAUUAUGCACAAUGAAAUCUAGGAUGGCUCAGCUAUUAGAAAAGAGAUUACAAGGAGCAUUCCACGCUGCAGACUACAGUUAUUGGUGCUACAGUAGAGAAACCGCUGGAAGAAAUAUGGGAAGCAUAAGCCCAAAAGAUCUAGAAAUGAUAAACACAUUCACAAGUCUUCUGACCACAUUUGCUAAAACGAGUAAUCCCAAUGAUUACGAAGGAAUGAAAGUGAACUGGAAACCCACGACGCCUGAAUGCCCGAGUCAUUUGAUAAUAAAUGAUACGCUUGAAGCUAGAGACGAGGUUUUAAAUGGAAAACGAUUAGAAUUUUGGCGUAAGUUGAAAACGAAAUUUACAAAGAGCUCUAAUGUUGUUUAAUCAGUUCGGAAAAUCAUCUUCAGCAGCGAUAUUGAUAUCGAACGCUUAAUUUGGGUUGAUGGCCUAUUUAUAUACGUAGGUAUUUAAAUGUAUAAAAUGAAAAUAAAUGUACCUAUUUUUCUUUGCUCUAUAGCUACUA